GUAGCAGUUGCAGUUGCAGACGAACUUUGUAAAUAAACAAUACGCUGCAAAAUUCUCGUUUUCUCCAGUGAACUACUUCACUUUAUUAUCUGUCUUUAAACCAGUUAUUUCAGAAUAAAUUAUAGAAAAUCAGUGUGAAAAUGCCGAGUCUUGAAAGUGAAAUUGAAGGUAUAAUUGAAACUUUCACCAACAAUCUUAAGCAAAGAAAGUUCAAAGGAUCGAGAGACUUGGCCCUUAAUUCCGUACAGCUUUGGAAAAAAAUCAUUGGUCAAAUGAAAUGGCAGAAUGCAAGGGAGCUUAUGGACACCAUAAAAAGAAUAGGUAAAGAUUUGGCAGAGACUGCACCUUCAGAAACAGUCAUUGGCAACAUGACAAGAAGAAUGUUAAAGAUUGUCAGGGAUGAGUAUGCCAUGCUGCAGAAAGGAAAACAAGAAGAAUCUGAUUUGCAAGACUCACUUCAAAAAAUUCUCACAGCAGAUGAAAGUGAUUCUGAUUACACUAAAAACAUCCCCUUGCUCAAACCAGCCAUCAUGGAGCACAUUGGAGAGUUCCUUGCCGAAUUAGAAUCCAGUGAAAUCGACAUUUCCGCCCAGGCCCUAGAACACAUUCACGCUAACGAAAUCAUCAUGACUAUUGGUUAUUCUAAAACUGUCUCGGCGUUUCUGAAGUCAGCUGCGAAAAAUCGUGUUUUCCAGGUCAUCGUUGCUGAAUGUGCUCCAUUUUUCCACGGACAUCAAUUGGCUGCAGAUUUAGCCGAAGCUCGUAUCUCUACUACCCUUAUUCCGGAUUCUGCCAUUUUCGCAAUGAUGGCACGUGUGAAUAAAGUAAUCAUCGGUACUCAUUCUGUUAUGGCCAACGGUGGUCUAAAAGCAGUGUGUGGCACUCAUACCCUUGCACUGGCUGCAAAGCAUUAUUCGGUUCCGUUCGUCGUAUGUGCACCAAUGUUUAAACUCUGUCCCGAAUAUGUCUGUAGCCUUGAUCAAGAUGGAUUCAACCAGUUUGUGUCACCCGAGGAAGUAUUGAACAACGACGAAGGCAAGCUCGUUUCCAAAGUGAACGUCUACAAUCCAAUUUUCGACUACGUACCUCCAGAGCUCGUCACACUCUUUAUUUCAAAUACCGGAGGCAAUGCACCGUCUUACAUCUACCGACUCCUCAGUGAACUGUACCACCCUUUGGACGUGCAAUUGUAAUGUGGGAAAAAAUGGCUUUGUAUUAAAAAGGCCGAGAUACAUAAACACACAGCACUAAGAAAAUUA